AUGUCCUCCUCUUCUCUUGUCAUCCCGAUCGCGCGGUGGGAUCACCCCCCAUAUUCACCAGUGACUUGUAUUGCAUAUAAAGAGGCACAUAUAGUAACUGGUUUGAAGAACGGAUCUAUAUGGAUUUAUGCAUGGCGAAUUGGCGAGAGAGGAAACAUUGAGUUGCAACAUAAAAUCUUCUGCCUGGGCCAUUCAUCUCCGGUAACAACAUUAGCCAUAAUCGAAAAUCAGACUGAUGGGAAUGCUGGAAAUAAGUAUGUUGUGAUUAGUGCUUCAGAAGAUGGGGAAAUUAUGAAAUGGUCUCUGGUAGAUGGGAGAUGUCUGGCGUCCAUCUCGCGUGUCCUAGACGGUAUUCCAAUGGCAUUGAAUUGUUUGGCUGAUUAUACACAGCCUGCAAAGUAUAUUUUAUGUUCCGGAUUUUCGAAUGAAAUAGCAAUAUUGAACGUAUCCAAUUUAGAGGUCGUCCGAGUAUGGGGAGGACAUAAUGACUGGGCAGCAUGUACACCAUUUUAUGACUCAGAUGCCCGCCAGAUACGCUUGCUGACUUGUACAUUCAAUGGCAAACUGCGAAUAUGGUCAUUCGACGAAACAAAGCAAACUAUUACAAAAGAAUAUGAUGUUAUUAACGUGUUAAGCACCAACGGCGAGAAGAUAUUCAAAUUAGUAAAUAAUCCAUAUGAUAUUGGUGUUAUUCUGGCUAUCUCUAGGAACUCGGUGUCGACAUUCACAGUACGUAGAAAUAGAGCCUUAAAUGUGCAACGAAUAGAGGUACCCAAUCGCGGCGAGAUAUGGCAGUCUGGUGCGUUUGCUCCGAAAUUCAAAUUAAUACUUUGGACAGAGCGUGGCAAUGCAUAUGUCUACAUGCUUCCAUCAAUGGACCGUGCAUACUCCGUUGACAAUGCUUCUACUCUUCAUAGACGCAGUGUAUCUAGGAGAUCAUCAAUGCCGCUUACACCUAACGAAAAUGCAAACACUGAAAAAACGAUGCAUGCGGGACGUUCAAGGCCUACGCUAACAGAAAUAGUGUGCUGCGAAAAUGAUGCUCGGUUGUACCAUACGUCCCAAACGAUUGUGCUUGCAGCAGCUAACUCUACCGAUCGAUCCCCCUGGUAUCUUUUAACGUUCAGAAACUAUUCUAGCAGCACCCAUUUCUCAUGGAAAUCACUCCCCGCCAAUACUGCAAGGAUGAGAAUCACAGAAAGUGAGAAUGACAUAGUUUCUGUGAAUAAAUGGAAUGUUGAAUCGGACUUGGCAAGUCUAUGGCCAUUGAAGAAAGAAGACAAUAGGGCAGAAGUCACAGUAUCAGCUAUGAUUUAUGAAGAACAUAUGGCUUUCGGUUACGAUAAUGGAGAGAUUCACAUAUACCCGCUUUCCAAAGUGCUAUCAGAGGACUUUUCGACUGCGGAUCAGUCAAAUGAUGUACGAAUACUCAGAGGUCAUUAUGGUAGAGUUACCUGUAUAUACACACCAAGUUCAUCCAACUUUGGAAAGAAAUAUAUUUUAACCGGAGGAGAAGAUUUUUCAGUUCGUGUAUGGAGCUUUGAAAACGGAAAGCGUCUAGCAAAAUUUGCUACCCACAGUCAAUCUGUCACAACUUUCGUCGACGUACCAUGUGAUGUAGGGACACGACUUCGUGGUUGUGUUGUUUCGAUUGCAAGGGAUAAUUCCUUGUCAAUUAUUUCAUUGGACGAAAUGAGCUGUCUAUAUGCAUUCGAAGGGCACACACACGGAAUAGCUGGCUUGCAAUGGAGACCAAAUAGAGAUUUAUUGGUGAUUUUUUAUCGAGAUGAAUCGGCACACUGUUGGCAGAUACAGUCGGGCACUCUAGAUAAAAUUGUUUGUGGGAAGGCUGCUAGGGAUAUGAUGAAUGAGACACAAUGGAAGAUGAGUGUGAUUCCAUCAAAUGAGGCAUCCAAGCAAAUAGAUAGCAAAUCAUCAAGCAUCAUAUCGCGACCUAUUCAUUUCCAAGAGACAGACACUACUCCGCUCCACAUACUGACCAUAAACAUAAAACAGUUGAUAAACGAUAUAUACCAUUAUCAUGUCUCUUCGUUCGGUUCCUUCACGCUUUUCAAACCCGAAGAAUUAAACGAAAAGUCCCCUGUGCUCCAAUCAAAAAUUGUUUCUUGGGCAACGCCGGCUCAUCCUAACCACUUAACAGGAGGUACCUCGUCAACAUCAGCAUCGAACGAAACUGCGAGCAGAGCUUUGGGACCGAAAUUGGUGGAUAGUUUGAUCUCUUGUUUAAUUUCGUGGGGUGUUGAUGACGAAAUGGAUAAAAUUUGUGUUGAGAAGUUGGGUUUAAAGCGUAGUUGGAAUGGAAUUAGCCUAGGAUUGAAGGGAGCGAACGGAUGCUUAUCGGUGGCCGCCCCGUCUCCCGGCGAUGGACGUGCGCAAUGGAAAAUAUCACCUAUAAUUACAGGGACCCGCCUAGAGAAAUACUCAAAUGACUUAAUAACACACUACGGAACUCGUCUUCCACUACGCAUUGAUGGAUUUUGCUACCCAUCUCUUUCGUUUUUGGCUAAAUACUUCCAAGACUCAGUGCCUGAUGUGCAGAGUGCUGCUAGAACAUUGUUCUCGUCAUCCUUAAACAGUAUGCCACGUGAGCAACGACAGGCCGUUAUUGAUUAUUGGAAGCAGUUUCUGCCUGCAGUCGCUUCGGGGCCAGAUUUUUCGAAUAAUCAAUACAUGGCGCGUUCAACCAUAUUGCUUGGCAUGAUUGGAGUCGAUAACCCAAAAGUGUUACCUGAGAAUGUAGCAGAGAGCGUAUCCCUGUCACUUACGAUAUUAUUAAAUGAUGAAGCGAAACUGUCCAAUCGGCUGGCGGCAUUGGAUCUUUCAAUUGAUUCCGAUACAAAUGUUGCACCGGUGAAGGCCAUGGCACGACAGGCAAUAUUCCAUGUUGCUUCCAUAAACACACCGCUCUUUAUUUCUACGCUUAUAUACGAUACAAAGAAUACCAAAAAGCCAACAGAGAAGAAAGGUUAUUUGAGAUUAGUGUCACUGUUUAUUAAGAAGAUGCCUCUUGUGCUGUAUUCCAACUUACCGAAGGUAGUGGAGGUCGUGGUGAAGUCUUUGGACCCGAAUAUACCGAAUAUGAGAGAGACUGUACUGCAGACGAGUACUGGUAUAUUGCAUGAUUUGGUUAAGACUUUUCCAUCAAUUAGUUUCCAUGGUCCAUCGCAGAAACUUGCUAUUGGAACGUUGGAAGGUGCCACGGUCGUUUAUGAUUUGAGAACUGCAACGCAGUGCCAGGUGUUAGAGGGCCACACCAGAGCGGUAACGGCUCUCUCCUUUUCGGAAGAUGGUAAACGCAUUGUGUCAUGUUCACUAGACGAGAAGACGGUCCGUGUAUGGAAUCCGUCUCCUAGCCUUCUUGGGGUAUUCGGGGGAGCAUCCCGAGAUCGCAAAGCAUUCGGGUUCAAUCUUGGUGAUGACGUGCAUUUAUCAGUUCCAGCAUCGAACAACGUCAUACAUUUUGAAUGGCCAUCAGAGAAUACCGUAAAAUUAUACGUUCACGAGAAUAUAAUGUCAUUUAAUGUGUAA